AUGGCUCGCAGCAACAGCCCGCACUCCAACGACAGCUCCGGCGGCACCGUCCACUCUAUCAACGCAGACGACAAGGGCGGCGGCGGCGAGAAUCUGUACCCGCUGAACACCAUGACCAGCAGCAACUCCUCCGACUCGCCCAAGGGGUCCUCGCGCAAGGACGCGCAGCACCGGCGACUGCCGUCGUCAGGUUCGAAUGACGACUUCGGGGCGGGGACAGCGGCUGUUCAUGCGGAGUCGCAGGAGGUGGUGGAGGAUGGGAGUGCGGGUGGAGGUGUGGACGGCGUCGUGUAUAAGGUCUACAAGAGGCGCUGGUUCGGGCUGGCGCAGUUGACGCUUAUGAAUAUCAUCGUGAGCUGGGAUUGGCUCACCUUCUCGCCGGUCUCACAAAACGCCGCCAUCUACUACAGGAAAUCCGAGUCGGCCAUCAACUGGUACUCGACAGGCUUCCUCUUCGCCUUCGUGGCGACCUCGCCCCUGGCAAUCUACAUGUUGCACCUCGGGCCGAAACCGAGCAUUAUAACGGCCGCCGUGCUGAUCCUCGUCGGCAACUGGAUCCGGUACGCGGGCUCACACUUUCACUCGCCCGACGGCGGCAGCUACGGCGUCGUCCUGUUCGGCCAGAUCCUGACGGGGCUGGCGCAGCCGUUCGUCCUCAGCGCGCCGACGCGCUACUCCGACAUGUGGUUCACCAACCGUGGCCGCGUGGCCGCGACGGCCCUGACGAGCCUGGCGAACCCCUUCGGCGCGGCCCUGGGCCAGCUCGUCAUGCCGUUUAUAGUCGCGGAGCCGGCUGAUGUGUCGAAUGGGGUGCUCUACGUGGCUAUCAUCUCCUCCAUCUGCGCCCUCCCCUCCUUCCUAAUCCCCGCCUCCCCACCCAGCCCUCCCGAGCCCUCGGCUCAGACCCCCAAGUCCACCCUCCAGUGGUCCUCGCUCCGCCCCCUCGCCUCCUCCCCCGAGCUCUGGCUGAUCCUAAUCCCCUUCGCCAUCUACGUCGGCUUCUUCAACAGCAUAUCCUCGCUCCUCAAUCAAAUCAUGACCCCCUACAACUUCACCCCCGACGACGCCGGCAUCGCCGGCGCCCUGCUCAUAGUAGUCGGCCUAGUCGCCGCCGCCAUAACCUCCCCAAUCCUCGACCGCACCAAGCAAUUCCUCCUCCUAAUCCGCAUCGCCGUCCCCCUCGUCGCGCUCUCAUACCUAGUGUUCAUCUGGAUGCCUUCCACGCGGUCGCUCGCGGGCCCCUACGUCGUGCUGUCCGUCCUCGGCGCGUCGAGCUUCGCCCUCGUGCCCGUCGCGCUCGAGUUCAUGGCCGAGCUCGCGCACCCCGUCGGGCCCGAGGUCACGUCCGUCGUCGCCUGGGGCGCCGGCCAACUGCUCGGCGGGCUUUUUAUCGUUAUUAGUGAUGCGCUCAAGGCCGGACCUACGGCGGACCCGCCGAACAACAUGAUGGAUGCGCUUAUUUUUACUGCUGUCGUGAGCCUGGCGGCCGCGCCGCUGGCACUGGCGCUGGGCCUGUUUGGGAGGGGCAACAGGGUGGUCAUGCAGCGGCUGCGCAGUGAUGAGGCGCAGCCUGGGAGGAGGGUUGAUGGUGGUGGGUUGGAUGACCCUGAGGGUUGA